AUGUCGAAGGACCAACAAACUUCAAGCGGAGACAUCGGUAAGAUAGGGGAGGGUGAUACUUCUCUGGUGCUCGACAUUCUCCCCGAAGAUUUGUGUGCUAUAGCCUUCGAGAAUCUGAGAAAAGAGGUACAAUGGCACACCAUGCUUCACCGAGGUGGAGAGGUACCACGUCUCGUCGCGGUAGAAGGAGCAGUAGACAUUGAUGGCAGCUUCCCAAUCUACCGCCAUCCCACUGAUUUCACCCCUCCGCUCGAGCCAUUCUCUUCCACUGUCUCGCUAAUCCGACAGCACGUCGAGAAGGCGCUCAACCACCCCGUGAACCAUGUCCUCAUUCAGCACUACCGUACGGGUGCAGACUACAUAUCUGAGCACUCUGACAAGACUGUCGACGUCGUCCGCGGGUCGAACAUCGUAAACGUCAGUCUCGGUGCGCAGCGCACGAUGUUCUUGCGCACGAAGAAAGAGAAAGAUCCUGCAGCUGCCACACCGAGGAUCACCCAACGCAUCCCGCUGCCCCAUAACUCCAUGUUUGUCAUGGGCCUAGACACAAACAAUAAGUGGAUGCACAGCAUCCACACGGACAAGCGCCCCAUGAAGACGAAGUCCCCGGCGGAGCAGUUCCAGGGAGGAGAAAGGAUCAGCCUGACGUUUCGCCACAUCGGAACGUUCUUGACGAAAGGCGAGAAGAAAAUCUGGGGGCAAGGCGCGAAAAGCAAGACAAAAAACGAGGCGCGACCCGUCGUGAAUGGCGGUGAAGAGGCAGAGAAGCUGCUUGCGGCAUUUGGGAGAGAGAAUCACGAGAGUACGUUUGUUUGGGAUGAUCACUAUGGGCAAGGAUUCGAUGUUCUCCAUUUCACUAAGCACCCGGGCGGCGAAGUAGUGAACUAG